UGUGGCGCCUCCCGCUCUCCCUUUCCUCCCCCUCCCUGGCGGCUGCGCGCGGGGUGAAUCGGGAAGAGCCCGUCUCGCUGUUAGCCUCGGGCCCAUGAGUGUUGUUUUGAGGGGCCUGGAGGGACGGGGUGAUGGGCGUGCCCCCUCGCGGUGCAGGUUGAGCCGUCCCCCCCGCCCCGGUCUGGUAUGGUUGGCCAGAAGACCAUAAAGAUUUUCUCACUGGAUAUUUCUUUUCAUCUGGGGUUGGUAAUGCAUAAGAAGAAUUGAAAUUAUAAUGGAUUUUAAGUAGUACCAUCAAGAAAAUAGGCUUUAUAAUACAUUUUAUGUCUGACAAGUUGUACACCUUUUUAUGUACAACGAUGACAACCAGUCAUAUGAAUGGACAUGUAACAGAAGAUUCAGACAGUGAAGCAAAAAAUAUGGAUCUUGCACCUUUUGAAGAGCCUCAGAAGCAUAGAGAAAUGGCUGUUGAUUGCCCUGGUGAUCUGGGCACCAGGAUGAUGCCACUACGGCGGAGUGCUCAACUGGAGCGAAUUCGUCAACAGCAGGAAGACUUGAGACGCAGGCGGGAAGAAGAAGGAAAGAAACAGGAAUUGGACCUCAAUUCUUCUAUGCGGCUAAAGAAGCUGGCUCAAAUUCCUCCCAAAACUGGAAUAGACAAUCCUAUGUUUGAUACAGGAGAAGGAGUUAUCCUGGAGAGCCCGCACUGUGCUGUGAAAGUCUUAGAAGUUGAUGAGCUGCUAUCUUCUCUUAAACAUGUCCAGCAUACUCUGGUAGAUCCUCAAAGCCAAGAGGAAAUUGCUCUAAUAUUGCAGCUAGUCCAGAACACUGACUUCCAAAAUGCAUUUAAGAUACACAAUGCCGUUACCGUUCAUAUGAAUAAAGCAAGUCCUCCAUAUCCUUUAAUCUCCAACGCACAGGAGCUUGCACAAGAGGUACAGUGUGUGCUGAAACCAAGCCAUCAGAAAGAUGGACUGGAACUUAAUUCUUUAUUGAAUGCUCCUCAUAUUCAGGCACUGCUGUUGGCUCAUGAUAAAGUUGCUGAGCAGGAAAUGCAACCAGAGCCAUUACCAGAUGAAAAGAUUUAUGAGAAUGUUGGUCUGUAUGGAGGAGAGACCGUUAAAAUAGUUCGCAUUGAGAAGGCUAGAGAUAUUCCAUUGGGUGCUACUGUACGCAAUGAAAUGGAUUCGGUCAUCAUUAGUCGAAUAGUGAAAGGAGGUGCAGCAGAGAAGAGUGGGCUGCUGCAUGAAGGUGAUGAAGUUCUGGAAAUUAAUGGAAUUGAAAUUCGUGGAAAAGAUGUCAAUGAAGUUUUUGAUUUACUGGCAGACAUGCAUGGCACUCUGACAUUUGUGCUGAUUCCCAGUCAGCAGAACAAGCCACCACCUGCGAAGGAGACAGUGAUCCAUGUGAAAGCUCACUUUGACUAUGAUCCAUCUGAUGACCCCUAUGUCCCUUGCAGAGAGCUAGGCCUAUCCUUUCAAAAGGGAGAUAUACUCCAUGUCAUCAGCCAGGAAGACCCAAACUGGUGGCAGGCUUAUCGAGAUGGAGAUGAGGAAAACCAGCCUUUGGCAGGCCUUGUGCCAGGAAAAAGCUUCCAGCAACAAAGGGAAGCCAUGAAACAAACUAUAGAGGAAGAUAAAGAACCAGAAAAAUCAGGAAAACUUUGGUGUGCAAAGAAAAACAAAAAGAAACGGAAAAAAGUUCUAUAUAAUGCCAAUAAAAAUGAUGAUUAUGACAACGAGGAGAUCUUGACUUAUGAGGAAAUGUCCCUUUAUCACCAACCAGCAAAUAGGAAACGACCUAUUGUCCUGAUUGGCCCACAGAACUGUGGCCAGAAUGAACUGCGGCAGAGGCUAAUGAGUAAUGAAGCUGAUCGGUUUGCUUCUGCAGUUCCUCAUACAACACGGAACAGGAGAGACACUGAAGUAGCUGGCCGAGAUUACCAUUUUGUGUCACGACAAGCAUUUGAGGCUGACAUAGCUGCUGGGAAGUUUAUCGAGCAUGGUGAAUUUGAGAAGAAUUUGUAUGGCACCAGCAUAGACUCUGUCCGGCAAGUGAUCAAUUCUGGAAAGAUAUGUCUCUUAAAUCUUCAUACACAGUCACUGAAGAGCUUACGUAAUUCAGACUUGAAGCCAUAUAUUAUUUUUAUUGCGCCACCUUCUCAAGAGCGGCUUCGUGCAUUACUGGCCAAAGAAGGCAAAAAUCCAAAGCCUGAAGAACUACGAGAAAUUAUAGAGAAAACCAGAGAGAUGGAACAAAAUAAUGGCCAUUAUUUUGAUACUGCAAUUGUUAAUUCUGAUAUCGAUAAAGCAUAUCAAGAACUACUUCGUUUAAUUAACAAACUUGAUACAGAACCUCAGUGGGUCCCAUCUUCUUGGCUACGGUAAAAAGAACACUUCCAAGGCAAAGGAGGCCUUGGCCAAUAGAAGACUGACUUAUCCCUGAGAUUAGAUAACAGGUUAAGCUCUAGCACGUAAUGAUCAGUGCAAAGGAAUCACGCAAAGAGGACAGUUCUGGUGUGAUUUAGAAUAUAGGACUUUCACCACCUUUUGACCAGACAUGAAUGGUCUGAACAAGCCACUACCUUUAUAAAAAAAAUUUGAGUUAGCCUUUAAAUUAGAUUUUCUGUUUAGAAUUUUUGCUUAAAACUUGGCAGUUGAAGCAAGUUGUAUAAAUAUUGGUUAUUAUUUAACACUGUUAACUUAAUGAAUUUACCUGUAUGGAAUAUUGGACAGAGGAACUAAUCUGAAUGCUCUCUCAGCGGUAUAAAAGGACCACUUUAAUUUGGGAUUGCCCUGUUAGGCUUGAAUUUGUUACUGAUAAAACAUUCCAUCAUCAAAUGGCACUGCAGUUUUCAACAGAAAAUAUGUACAAUGUAAAUAUUUCAACUUUUUUGUCUUCAGUUAUUUGUAAAUCAGAUUUGACAGCUUAUUAAAUAGUCCUAAAUCUCACAGAACAUGAAUUAUAUAUAAGCUGAUAUUUUAGAUGAGGUAUUUUUAAAUUUAUUGGUUGGCAGCCACGGUUAUCCCACGGCACUGUAGAAAAAAAUUAGAAGGGAAAGGUUAUAUUUUUAUGAAAAUAGACAUUCUUAUAUGGAUUUUUAAAAACAGAUUUACUUCCUGAUAAUGUAAAAUGUCUUUUAUAACCAAGAAAGCAGACUUUCAGAUAAUGAACAUCAGAAUAUUUUCUUGUAUUUUUUUACCCAGGUACAAAAUGUUUCAUGACUGUUUGUCAUGUAGGUAGCUAACUGGAGUUAUUUAAAUCAAAUUAUUUGCCCUUGAUACUGUAAAACAAAAUGCCUAGUGAGAGAAUGUGAAUUGCUAAAUUAGAAACAGGGCUUGUUCUUUUUUUUAAUAGGACCAACAUAUCUCUAUGUGCAAUUGGAAAUACUUUUGAAGGUUCCAUUAUUAUUAUUUCUGUUACCUUUGAAGGUUCCAUUAUUAUUUCUAUUACAUUUAUGAACCAUCUGCAAGUAUAGCUGCUUUUUGAAAUUUAUUAGUUUUGUUGUUUCUUUCUGGUGGCAUCCUUGAAUGUGAAUAUUAAUAGUUUUCUUUGUUUUCAGUCAUAGCUUAUUUUUAUACACAGUCAUACACACUGGAAUUACUUCAACACACACGAAUAUAACUAAUAGUGAAGAAUUAGUUGUCUUUCCAUGUUUUCAUAUUUUUCUGUAAAAGGUUCAACGGAACAAAUCUAACCAAGAUUGAUACAUUUUUUAGUUUUCAUAGCUGAACAUAUUAUUCGUUGAUGUAUGGAGUGUGUGAAAAGCUAGUUCUGACAAACUGAUUGGAAGAAUUUCAUGAACGUUAGGAAUCUAUGCCCCCACUUUAGGGGAAAAGGAAAGAGAAAUUUGUAAGAACCUAGAGCCUCCACUCCUGUGUAUGCUAUACACAAAUGGUCUUACACUGUAACAAAUUGAUAAAGAGAUCACAAAAUCACUCAGAUGUGCCUCCAUCCAAUAAAGCCUUUGGGUAGGAGAGAGAAAUGUUAUAGAAUAAACUAUGUGUCACUGUAACGUCUGCAAGUAAUUGUUUACCUAGUACGUCUGGUGAAAAGAGGAAUGCGUUGGUGAGUUUUUAAAAGUGUGAUUUUAGUCACCAGCAUUAAGACAUCGUGGGCCACUGCAGAUGUAGUACAUAACUUAAAAAUGAGAAAUGGGCUGCAGGCUCAUACAUGCCUUUCCAGUCUCACAAAAACUACCCCCACACACAGAACCUUAACUAAGGAGAGUGCAAAUAAAGGCAAGUUUAUAAACUGGCAUUUGAAACUGAUUACAAACGUAUUAAUCAUGGUUAAUGGUGGCACAGACAUGGAAAGCUGUGUUUAAGGGCAGUGGAACCCGUGCACUUGGGGGCAAGAGAAGAGAGAGUGCACAUCUGUGACCUUUUCUCAAUUCUUGGCAUUUCUAAUAAGUUUGUUGGAAUUACCCAAGUGUGGAAUUAUUCCUCCUUUAAGAGAAACAGUUCUGAUUCAUGAGAUCUAAAUGUAUUAGUAGCCAUGAGAAAAAAAUUCUGAUUUUUAAAAAUAUUGUAGGUUAAUUGUGACAUUGCCAUUUAAACUGAUUGUAAUCUAUGGUGAAAUAGUGCAAUUGGCACCCCAUACCAUCAGUAUGUUAAGCAAUAAAACUUUUUGUGUCUUUAAUUAUCUUUUGAAUUCUUCAGAUGUUUUGAAUUUUAAUUGGAACAUAACCUUUAAAUGAACAAACUACCAAAUGGUGUCAGCUGUUUCUUGCCUUUGCAAGGCCUAAAUGUUCAUAUUGACCUCAGGUUACAAAUUUGCAACAUUUUGGUAGACUGCCAUGGAGUCUUCGCAGAUCCUUUUAAAAAGGCCAAUAGAAUUGAAAUGUAUCCAUAUUAUGGUAUUCCAUAUUAUAGAGAGCAAAAAAGUUGGUAAAACUGUCUUCUAGAUAGAUUAGUGGCGAGAAAUAUUUCUUUUGCUAAUGGGUUCCUGUUGACAACCCAUGAACGUAAUUGUUUAAUAUGAAGAAUUAACAAAGGCAUAAAAGCCUUGACGUUUGGGUAGCCCUAGGUUGUAGACUGAUACCAUGUACACUAUUUGGAGAUGUUAAGAACUGCACAUUAAUGUAAAAAUGUAAAAUAUUUUUAGGCUUCAAAUAAAUCACUGUAAAUUUA